CAACUGACUCUUCUUCUAUCUAUCUAGGUAUAAAAACCCCCAAAUCUCCUCCCUUCUUUCUUCUUCUUCUAUAACCAAUUCCACUAACUCAACUUCACUCGACUUAUAAACAUCAGAUCUUAAAGAAAGAAUGGCGACCUUUGAAUUGUACCGCAGAUCAACGAUUGGCAUGUGUUUGACCGAAACCCUUGAUGAGAUGGUCUCCAAUGGGAUUCUUAGUCCAGAGCUUGCUAUUCAAGUACUUGUUCAGUUUGAUAAGUCGAUGACCGAAGCACUUGACAGCCAAGUUAAAAGCAAGGUGACCAUCAAGGGACACUUGCACACCUACAGAUUCUGUGACAAUGUGUGGACCUUCAUUGUUCAAGACGCCAUGUUCAAGUACGAUGACAUCCAGGAGAAUGUCGGUCAAGUGAAAAUAGUCGCAUGUGACUCCAAGCUGCUCACUCAGUGAUUUAGCGUUUAAUAUCUAGUUGCUGCAGUGGUUAAGAGUGUAGAAAAAGGGUACCACAAAAGAAUUUCUAAUAAUCCUGUUCGCCCUCUCUACUUGUGUGAUUCUUCUCCAAUUAAGUGUUUUAUUUAUUUUUUCCCUUUUUCUUUUACGUUGUACCUGUUUUAUGUUGUAUUUCGUGUGAUUAGACGUAGUGGAAGAAAUGUAAUGGUGUUUUCAUUUAGGAUAUGAACCCUUAUGGCUCUUCUUUCUAGUACAUUACCCUCGAGUGUUAUGCACA